AUGACGUCAACUUUGCUUCUCUUCCUCCUUCACACACUUCUGGCCACCGUGAUAGUGCUGCCACUGCCAUCUCCAGCGGAAGCCUACGACGGCCAAUGGCAGCUUCUACAGAAAAGCAUAGGCAUUGUCGCCAUGCACAUGCAGCUAUUACACAACGACCGCGUCGUCAUUUUCGACCGCACCGACUUCGGCUUUUCCAACCUCUCUUUACCCAACGGAAGAUGCCGCCACGACCCGAACGAAAUGGCCGUGAAAACCGACUGCAGCGCGCACUCCGUCGAGUACGACGUGGCAUCCAACACAUUCCGCGCACUUUUCGUCCAAACCAACGUCUGGUGUUCCUCCGGCACUGUGGCGCCCGACGGAACGCUGGUCCAAACCGGCGGCUUCAACGACGGAGAACGCAAAGUGAGAACCUACAAUCCCUGUCCCACCUGCGACUGGAAAGAACUCGAAGGCGCACUCGCCGCCCGGAGAUGGUACGCCACCAAUCACAAGCUGCCGUACGGCCGGAAUAUCGUGAUCGGCGGCAGAAGGCAAUUCAACUACGAGUUUUACCCAAAGAACGAUGCUUCUGCUAAGAACAUUUACAGUUUACCUUUUCUUGUUCAGACGAAUGAUCCGCGCGUGGAGAACAACUUGUACCCUUUCGUUUUUCUCAACGUUGAUGGAAACCUCUUCAUCUUCGCCAACAACAGAGCCAUCUUGUUCGAUUACACUAAGAAUCUUGUCGUUAGAACAUUCCCGAACAUUCCAGGUGGAGAUCCCAGGUGCUAUCCUAGUACAGGUUCUGCUGUGUUGUUACCGUUGAGGAAUCUCCAACAACCGGAAGCUGAGGUUUUGGUUUGUGGUGGAGCCCCGAGAGGUUCUUAUGAGAAAGUGCAAAAGGGUGAGUUUCUCGGAGCAUUAAAUUCAUGUGGUCGGAUUAAAAUAACCGACCCGAACCCGAAUUGGGUGAUGGAAAUCAUGCCUGGGGCUAGAGUCAUGAGUGAUAUGGUGCUGCUCCCGAACGGCAACGUUUUGUUAAUUAAUGGAGCGGGUUCAGGGACUGCAGGGUGGGAAUUCGGGCGUGACCCGGUUUUAAACCCGUUUAUUUACAAAACAAAUAGUCCAAUCGGGUCUCGGUUCGAAGUGCAAAACCCGUCUAGUAUUCCCCGAAUGUACCAUUCCACAGCAAUUUUGCUUCGUGAUGGGAGGGUACUCGUUGCGGGUAGUAACCCUCACGUGGGUUACAGUUUCAGCAAUGUGUUGUUUCCAACGGAACUUAGUGUUGAGGCGUUUUCUCCUUCGUAUCUUGAACCGGGUUUAUCUAGUAUGCGUCCAAUGAUUGUUUCUCCUAAUUCACGGACUCAAAAUAUUACCAAACUCAAAUACGGUGAGAAGUUGAAGGUGCAGUUUAAGGUGACAGGAGUAUUGUCUCAACAUAUGGUGUCGGUGACUGUUUUGGCGCCUCCUUUUAACACGCACUCUUUCUCAAUGGGUCAGAGGGUGUUGGUGUUGGAGCCAAGCAAUGUGACAGUUGUUGAGGACACACGGUAUGAAAUUGAGGUCACCACACCAGAUUCGCCUAUUCUUGCACCACCCGGUUUUUAUCUACUGUUUGUGGUUCACGUAGAAAUUCCCAGCGAGGGUAUUUGGAUCCAAAUACUUUGA